GGGUGCCGAUUGCAGUGGAAGUGAUAGUAGGUAUAUAGCUGUAUAAUUUUCGUGGGUAGAUUCAGUGUCACUCGCAAUCACUUCCCUAACAGUGGUACAGGAGGGUACAGGGUAAGAGGAAUCUAUUAACUGCCGACUCGAAAAAGCGCUCGCCAAUUCGUCCCACAAGUGGUGUCAGGGGUCUACAUCCCAUAUGCUCACCGAACAACUCACUGCUGUUAAUUUUAACAUCGUUUCUACUUCAUCCCUUUAAAAUCUCGCUGUUCCUAAGUCAGAAUGGAAAUACUGUUCUCUUCAACACCAUGGCUGCGUGCUAUUCUACGGAGACUACUGAUCCAAGACCACUUGGGGAAGAGGAUCCCCUCCCCGAAGCCCUUCGUGACAUACCCCAUCCAAUGAGGAUGCUAUGUUUUUUUGCGGUUGGACGCCCCGAUUUUAAAGACCAUUGGAAGUCAAUGCAAUCAGAUCAAGCAUUCGAAACCGUUAGGACUAGGUUGUGUUCUAUCCUGGCCAACACUAUCACAGCGGCAGCCGUCCUCAUCGCCACAAGUGGUGUAUUCGUCACCACAGGCUCUCCUGUAACCUAUUUUGACUACUCAUCGCCUGCCCCCUAUUUUCUGCUCUUUAUAUCCCUCAUGUUGGCCAUGAUCGCAAUGUUGACAUCUGGUCUGAGCAUGAUUCGCUGGCUCCACACUGAUCGACAGUGGACUCAAGAACAACUCAAGCCAGGCGGCUACUUCGUCAUCUCCCACCUAUUAUCAAUAGUCACCCCCAUGUUCUUCGUCGCCUGGUCCCUGAAUUGUUUUAUCUUUGGUGAGUUGAUCCGUAAUUGGUACUCUCUUGGCCCUGAUGCAUUUCACCCCCCAGCGAUAUUGAUAGCAGGCUUUUGCUCCCAAAGCAUCAUCUUCCGCACCGUCACUGCGCUCUCGCUGGUCACAUAUGUCGCCAACAUUGGGAUGGUAUUUAUGGAAUUUAUGUGGAAGUACACGAAGAGCGUCAAAUCAGGCUAGAUAACGAUCGCCGAGUUUCCACUUUCUUUCUUUCUUGUUUUACCUGUGCUGGAAUGUACGUUAUAUAUAUGCCUGCCUGAUGUACGUGGAGCACGCAGCAUUACUACUGUGCUCAAAAUACCCGGGUAUAUAUAUGUAGUCUGUGGCUUGUAGUUAUGCCAAUCUUUCAACUGCGCUUUAUGUCGAAUCGAAUCAC